AUGGCGGAGAUGUACUCGGGGCUCCACGUGGGCCAGCGGUUCGGCUCGCUAGAAGAGUUCAAGGCACUGGUACGGACCAUCUCCGUGAGGCAACAUUGGGAGCUCCGCGUCACAAGAAGCAACAAGAAGAGCGUGGUAAUAGGAUGUCGCUCUUCAAACAAUUGUUUCUUUCGAGUCGUCUGUCGUGCAAACAAAAACGCGACCUACAUUAGCAGUCUCCAAGACAGUCAUAACUGUCGACGCAAUGCGACCCCCACAUCGAGAACACCGGCUCGCUCGGAGGCUUCGCAUGUCCGCUUCCUCCUUUCGGAGAUCCCCAAGCUUUUUGACAUGAGCCAUAACGUCAAGGCCCAAGAUGUUGUCGACGCUAUCAAGCGAUAUCAUGGAUACGACAUAUCCAUGCGACAAGCGCAACGAGCACUUAUUCGCCUACAACAGAAAGAAGUCCAGAACCAGAGCGAAGAGACCAAUACGCAUGACUCCAGUGGUGAAGAUCAACCAGACAGUCCGCCAUCUCAGAUGGAGACGCAGGCGAGUAACUCGGCAUUUGGCAGUCUUUCCAGCCAACGCUGGAUUUCGGAAAACAUCCCAUCGGCUCUCAUUGAUAGCAUGCACCAGGGCGAAACCCAUCGCAACUCACUCUCGAUGUCCCAUCUUCACAGUCAACCCGUACAGCCACCCCUUCAAGUCCACCUUAACCAUCAAGUGCCGCACCUGCGCCAAUUACACCAACCACCCGAGGCUCAAUCUCAGGAUCAAACCAGUAUCAGCCACGGCAUUCAUCACCGAACUGACUAUGGUGUAGCCAGCCCCGGCCAACCGUCUGUUCCAGAGCUCGGACAACCCAAAAUGCAGACCCAGCCUUCGAGUAACGGCCAUCCUACAACACCGCAGGCAAUCCUGACAAACUUCAAGAUAGAAUUUACAUGCACCACAUGUGGCGCAUUGAACCAGAGCUUUUUCCCCAACCACGGGAAUGUCAUGGACGGAAGCUUUCUUCCUCAGCACCACGGACCCGACCAAAGUACUACUACCACCGGCGGAGGUCCUUCGGCACAGUCGGUUCAGGGACACGACAGUAACAACCGCGCCGGAGGACCCACGGGCUACGAAGGAACUAGCGCGACAGGUACACGUGGCGUGCAGCCAUCUUGGACGGCAGGUACCCUGGAUCUUACACUUGCACAUACGCACUCUUAG